CAGGUUUCAGUUGCCGAUCGCCGUCAGUCGCACUGGAAGUACAAGCUCCGUAGCUCCGUGUAAAAAGUCAAGCCAACAACUCAAAUUGACGACAAUUGCUGUGGAAAUUGCCACAAGUAAAAGUACUCGCACAACGACCAACGACAGCAGAAGCAGCAAAAUGAAGCUCAACUCUGGACUGUUUUUGAUCUGCGCCGCCCUGCUGGGAUGCUCGACAGCCACUGAGGUCAGGCCCUGCCCGAAAUCCAAGUCCAAGGCCCUGAGUUCCAGUGAUGUGUCCAUCUCCAAUUGUCCCAAGAGCCGGUGCAUACUGAAGCGCAACACGGAGGCCAGCAUUAUGAUGAAAAUUCGGCCAGAGCGCGACUUCCAGGAGCUCACCUCGGACAUACAGGGCAUCAUUUUGGAUGUGCCACUGCCCUUCCCCGGCUACUACGGCACCAGUGCCUGUCCGCAUAUCUACGACGAGGCUGGCGAGAAACAUGUGGGCUGUCCGCUGAAGGCCGGCCAGAACUACACCUACAAAAAUAGCUUCAAGAUUCUGCCCCUUUACCCCACCGUCAGCCUGGAGAUCCACUGGGGACUAGGCGACAAGCAGGGCGAUGCGGCCUGCUUCCAGAUACCCGCCAAAAUCAAAGCCUAGACAGAGAUCAAAGAGAUUGUUAAGCGAUGUUAGCGUUUAUUAAGGUUGAAUCUCUUAAAAUCUGCAUAUUUGCAUAUCAUAGUAAGUUAGGGAUUAAGUACGGUUAAGUGAAUGAAAGCAAAGCAAAGUUCUUGAUGUGUGUGCCAAUAUUGCGGCAUCCAGCCAGUGACGCAAUAUUGUGCCUGAAGAGUAACCCAAACCCCCCACCCGCCCACUGAUCUGUUCGAUCAGUUGUGAGGUGUGUUCUACAUAUAUAUGUAUGUGUAUAUGCAUGCAUGUAUGUAUGUAUGUAAUAAUAAAAACCAACAACAACAAAUUCUACGCAAAGGUUUCAUUUACAUUUUGAAUUCAAUAAAAUGGAACACUCCUCCCCCCCCAAUUAACCUGAUCUGCUCUCGCGCUCUCUCUCUCUCUCCCGAUAUGAUCUGUUUAAUUAUUUGCAAUUUAUUCUUAAUUGCUGGCCAACAUGCAAUGAUGAUGGUGGUGCAAUAAAUAUCGUUUCAUCUUC